AUGGAUGCAGUGACAAACAAUAAUAACCAGAGCCUUGGACAACUUGUGACGGAGUUCAUUCUGUUAGGGUUUCCUCAGGUCCAAGUUUUAGAAAUUUUCCUUUUUGCAAUCAUCUCUAUUAUUUUUACUCUCACUCUCUUGGGCAAUCUGAUUAUCAUCAGUGUUGUAAUAACUGAUGCUCAUCUUCAUACACCCAUGUACUUUUUUCUGGGAAAUCUUUCCCUUCUGGAAAUAUUCUUCACCUCAGCGAUUGUGCCCAAGAUGUUGACUAACUUGCUGGCUAAGAAGAAGACCAUCUCAUUUUCAGCUUGCAUUGCUCAGUGUCACUUCUAUUUCUUCCUGGGGUCCACUGAGUUGCUUCUUCUGAGUGUGAUGUCCAUUGACCGCUAUGUCGCUAUCUGUAACCCACUGCGUUAUCCCAUCAUAAUGAACAGUCAUGUCUGCAUCUCUCUGGUGGUUAGUUGUUGGGUGGGUGGCUUUUUGCAUAUCCUGUGGCCAACAGUAGUGAUAUCCCAGCUCCCUUUCUGUGGCCCAAAUGUAAUCAAUCACUUCUUUUGUGACAGCACCCCACUCUUGAAGCUUUCCUGUUCUGACACACAGCUCAUUGAACUUGUUGAUGUGCUUCUUGCUUCCUUUAUGCUUGUGGGCACUCUAUUGCUCAUCACAGUAUCUUACAUCUACAUUAUCUCCACUGUGCUUAGGAUCCCAUCAGCCACUGGGAGGCGCAAGGCUUUUUCUACCUGUGCCUCACAUAUCACGGUGGUGACAAUCUAUUAUGGCAGUUCCAUUUUUAUGUAUGCUCAGCCAGCCCAGAGCUCCUCUCUGGAGUUCAACAAAGUGGUGGCCAUUCUGACAGCUGUGGUGACACCACUUCUAAAUCCCCUUAUUUACAGCCUGAGAAAUGAAAAAGUGUUGGAUGCCCUGAAAGGAAUGAUGAAGAGGAAGCAUGCUUCCCAGAGAAGCAGAUAAUUUUUGAUAUGAUUUCUUAUCUUCCAUGCAAAUCUACCUUAAUCAAUACAAGGUUUGUCAGGGAUCCUACGAAUUAGCUGCUGUAUGUGGAAGAGGCAUGAACUCCAUGAUGAACCAGACACUGUGUUAAUGCUUGGACUUUGUUUUAAUCUCCUUUCUUUCUGAUGAGAUGAGAUUCAUUGAUGAAUCCAAUGAAUAUCAAAGCUGAAUUACUGUAAUACUUGAAGCCUAAACUGAAAGUUCAA